CCCCACCAAAGCUCCGUCAUUCCGCCCUCAGGGCUCUUACUUUCACCCCACAGCUGUCAACUGCACAGAAACUUUCCUUCACUCACCAUAAACUCGGUCACCAAUUUUCUGGUCGCACUCAGCUGUAUCAGGAAUAGCAAUGGCUUGUACGCAUAUCGAUGCUCCGGAGCUUCAAGCUCCGGGACCAAACCAGUCAGUAUACCGCGAAGAUUGCACGCAAUGCUUCGACUCGAUCGACGACCCCAGCGGACUUGAUGUUUGCCUCUUCUGUUUCAACGGCGGAUGCACCGGCGAUCGCAAUCACUCUGCUCUCCAUUUCUCCUCGUCCAACCACCCACUCGUUCUGAACAUCAAACGUACGCGCAAGAACGUACGGCGCGAAGAGCCGCCACAGAAAGUCUCUAAGCUGGCCAUCGCUGCGGAGACCGAGGCCGACCGCUACGAUACAACAACCCAAAUCAACUGCUAUGCAUGCGGAGUCACAGGCGUAGAUAAGAACUUGGGGAAACUAUCUCAUGUCGUGGAUGCUGUUCUCAAAGCGAACACAUUUGCCCGGCAGGAGGAGGUCAAGGCGUGGGAGCAAGAGCUCACUGCUUGUGAGCACACCUUGUGUUUAGAGCAGGAUGCGACGAGACAAAUCGAACAGAGCUUAGGGCAUUGCUCCGCGUGUGAUCUCAAGGAGAAUCUGUGGCUCUGUCUGACUUGCGGUAACCUAGGAUGUGGCCGAUCACAGUUCGGUGGCGUUGGUGGCAAUUCUCAUGGAUUAGCACACACACAAUCUACAGGCCACCCGGUAGCUGUCAAGCUAGGCUCUUUGACUGCUGAUGGAACUGCUGAUAUUUACUGCUAUGCGUGCGAUGACGAGAGGGUUGAUCCUGAGCUGCCUAACCACUUGCUGCAUUGGGGUAUCAACAUCAAGGACAGAAUCAAGACUGAGAAGAGCUUGACGGAAAUGCAGGUGGAACAGAAUCUUCUUUGGGAAUUCUCAAUGACAACUGAAGACGGAAAAGAAUUGAAACCACUGUUUGGUCCGGGCUUUACAGGUCUGAAGAAUCUGGGCAAUAGCUGUUACCUUGCCAGUACAUUGCAAGCUCUCUUCUCGAUGCCAGAAUUUGCAGAGCGGUACCACAUCCCCAAUCAAGACCUCCCGGCGAGCUCAAGACCAGCAGAAGAUCUGGAAACUCAGCUUCGAAAGGUUGCCGAUGGCCUCCUAUCUGGACGUUAUUCCAAGCCGGACAGCGAUGUUAUUGCAUCCGAGCACACCCCGGAAAACCCGCAUCAGAAGGGUCUUGCGCCUGCUAUGCUGAAGCACCUUAUCGGACGAGGUCAUCCAGAGUUCUCUACGAUGCGACAACAAGAUGCUUUCGAAUUCUUGCUUCACCUCUUGAAGCUAAUCUCACGGACACAGCAUGUUGCUCCUCAGAAAGAUCCGGUCGAUGCUUUCAGAUUCGUGAUGGAACAGCGGUUAAAGUGUCUGGGCUGCAAGAAAGUGCGGUUCCGGGAAGACGAGCAAGAGAAUAUCUCGAUACCUGUUCCCAUUCGAAGGAUUCCUGCGGACAACUCGAUGGAAGUGACGGAUAGUCAGGGCAAGGAGAAAGCCAAGGAAGAAUUUGAGCCGGUCACGUUGAAGGAGUGUCUAGACAUAUUCACUGCGGAGGAGCUCGUUGAACUCACGUGUGGGGCUUGCGGAAACAAAGACGGUUUCCUCAAGAGAAGCAUGUUCAAGACAUUUCCAGCGGUACUGGCUGUCAACGCCCGUCGCUUCGAGGUUGUUAAUUGGGUGCCAACAAAGCAAGACGUUCCGGUCAUUGUUGGGGAUGAGGCGUUCUCUUUCGAUGCGUACAAGUCUAAAGGUCUUCAGGAUGAUGAAGAACUACUUCCCGAGGAUGGUGACACCGGAAGUGCUGCUAACAAAUGGGUCCCGAACGAGGGUGCACUAUCGAUGCUGGAAGCGAUGGGCUUUCCACGUGUAAGGUGCGAGAAGGCGUUACAUGCGACCGGCAAUGCCGACCCUGAAGCUGCGUCAAAUUGGCUGUUCUCACACAUGGACGACCCUGAUAUUGAUACGCCAGUAGACUUCAACGCAAGCAGUGGUGCCGGAGGAGACUCGUCAGUAGUCAAUCCUGAGCAAAUUGAAAACUUAUGCGCUAUGGGCUUCAGCGCUCCCCAAGCGCGACAGGCCUUGAAGGAGACUGGAAGCGACAUGGAACGAGCCGUGGACUGGCUGUUCAGCCACCCUGAUGCUGUAGGCGAUUUUGAUGAGGGUGGUAGCUCAGAAGCGCCGGUCGAGACCGCGGAGAAAGAGAAGCCUGGAAGUGACAAGCUUCCAGCUAACUUUCAGCUUCAAUCAAUUGUGUGCCAUAAGGGCAGCUCCAUUCACGCAGGCCACUAUGUUGCAUUUGUUCGAAAGCAGGCACCAAAUGAGGAGUCGGCAUCUUGGGUACUCUUCAAUGAUGAGAAGGUAGCUAAGGCUGGAGAUGUAGAGGAGAUGAAGAAGUUUGCGUAUGUCUAUUUCUUCAGACGUUUGUAA